UAUUACACCACAGACAGCUCAACAUGGUGGAACCCGUCCACUUCCUGCUGUUCAAAUAAUGCAGAUGAUCGACAGCCUCCUACAUGAAAUUACUCUUCCAGAGCAUUCCAGAAUCUGAUCGGCUAAGUGAAAACAGCAGUGGAGAUAAAGAACGUCAAGGGCAGUGGUGGAGGGAGGUGGCUAUUUGUUUGAUCUAAUUACCCUGCCAUAUCUGGACACUCCAACACCAGCCCAGUUCUACUGUGAGGAAUAAAAAAAAGGAGGAUGAAGAAACAAAGCUGUACGAAGAGACAGCAGAUGGGGUCGUCCUCCCAUUCUAAACCUAAGAAGAAGAAACAAGCCAAGAGAAAAAACUGCCCCAAAUCAUCCGCAGGACAAAAAAACACUCAAAACAAAUCUCAACUUCCUGUUACAUGUGGCUGUAAAGAGGGUGUCCUGUAUUUGAAGAAAUAUUAUGAUAAGCAGAAGUGCAUUUUCAGUGAGGGCCAGUGGUUCAAGCCCACUGAGUUUGAGAGGUUUGGGAUGAAGGAGAGGCACAAAAAGUGGAAGACCAGCAUCCUUUGCAAAGGGAUUCCACUCCAGAAACUCAUAGAGGAUGGAUUUCUUUUAUAUACAUCCUUUAAAAAAAGCAGUGUUCAGGAUGCAAAGGGGGAAAAAAGCCAUGUGGGUUUGGAAAAACAGGAAUCACCCGAUAAGAUCGAAGACAAUCAAGACAAUGAUGAUGAUGAUGACGCUAUUGACAUGAACAUGUUUGAAGGUCCAGUCCUACCUGUUACCUGUGGUUCUGAUUCUGGCAUUCUACACAAAUAUCGAUUUUCCAAAGGGUAUUGUGGGAGAUGCAUAAGAACAGAGAACCACUGGCUGACGCCUGAGGAUUUCAUCAAAUUGAGCAAACCAGAUGGAACAUGGAAGAAAGACAUUCUGUCCAAUGGGAUGCCUCUUGGGAAGCUUAUAACGAAAAGCGUUUUGCAACCACAUACAGCCAACUGUGACUGUGAGAUCUGCCAAGAACCGGAUCAGAACCAACAGAAUGAUGACGUGUGUUUCGUGUGUCCCUCUGAGGGAGAUCUCAUGUGUUGUGAUGAAUGUCCACGAGCUUUUCAUUCACACUGUCACCUACCAUCUGUACAUGAAGACUCACCUGGAAGCCAGUGGAGCUGCACGUUUUGUGUGAUGAAGAAGAUGAAAAGUUCCAGUCAAAAGACCCAACAGGAUAUUUUGAGCAGUCCAGUCUCUCAGUACACACUGCACUGCCAGUACCUGCUGUUACACCUGCUACACGAGAGCAUGACCGACCCCUGUGCCAAAGUUCCAGGAUUCAGUGAGAACAUCUGUGGUCCCAUGAUGCUGGGCAGAGUGAAGCUGAACUUGGAGAAUAAUGAUUAUCGAACAGUGCAAGAGUUUGUCUCGGAUAUUGAAUAUGUUUUCCACCACUGCACGGCCAAAAGGGAUAAUGACUUCAGUAGAAUGACCUCUAGGCUGACGGAACUACUUGAAAUCAUCUUUAAGCUGCUGUAACAUCAUGUCUUAACAAAGAUGUCCUUUGUUGGACCUGGUGGUAACAUUUGUGUGAAUUGUACAAAUAUAACAGAAAAAUAAAGAAAGCAUAUUUAGGCUUAAUAA